AUGUUCAAUUAUAGUUAAUAUGAGGAAGAAAUUAAUCAUCCUCAAUAUCGUACCAGAGUGAGAUAUUAGUAAGUAAUAAUGCUUAUAAAAGGGACAAUGGAAUCUAACGAAAUCUGAAUGGAUAACUUGACGUGACUUGUUUCUUAAUGGCUGUAGAAAUAUAGCGUCUGGUUGCUGAAAACACUGAACUAAAAAUUACUAUAAAGUAGUAGUCUGAUAGUGGGUUAGAUAGAAUAAAUUAUGAGAUGUAAAUAAGAGAUUUAAUGGAAAAGCUACAAUAAUUGCAGCAGUAUAUAAUAUAAUUGAGAAUAGGGACAAUUAUUUAAUAGGUAGUGAUAAUGAGAGGUUGAGAAAACUUAUAAAAGACCUUGAAGUUUCAUUGUAACGAUAUGAAACUUAAUUACGUGACUAUGAUCCAAAUUGGAAAAAAGAAUUAGAAUAAUAGAAAAAACAGCUAGUACAAUUGUAAAAAAAGAUAGGUGAUGAUGAUGUUGGUAAUAGAGAAUAUUAUUAAUAAAAGAUGAUUUAAGGUCUCAAUUAAACAAAUUAAAAAAGAAGUUAGGGGAUUAUGAAAAACAGUUUAAUGGGAAGAGUCCAGAAGAAUUAUAAAGAAUGUUAGAUGACUUAUAAAGAAAGGCUAGAUAAUUUGAUGAUUUAUAAAAUAAAAUUGGAGGUAUGGAUCCUGACACCUUAGCAAAAAAAUUGAAAGAAUUAGAGAAGUUAUAAAAGUCAUUUGGUGGAAGUCCAGAAGAUUUAUUAAAAGUAAAAUACAUACAAAUUAUUUUAGGAGUUAGAAAGAUUAAAAAAAAAGGCUAAAGAAGCAGAUGAUCUUAAAAAAGAAUUAGAUAGAUAAUAAAGAGAGAAUGAUAAAUAGAAAAAUGAUUUAGAUAUUCUUGAUGAUUUAAAAGUAAAAUAAAAUUUUAUUAUUAGAAAAACGCAUAAAAUUUACAAAUGGAAAAUGGAUACUUAAAUUAAUAAUUAAAUGAUUUGAAAAAUAAAUUAAGAGAUGCAGAUCAAUUAAGAAUAGAAAUGGAAUAAUACAAAGAAUUAUUAAAGAAAAAAGAUUAAGAAAUAGCAUAUUUAAAAAAUUAAUUAUAAGAUUCAUAAAGAUAAUUAUAAGAUUCAUAAAGAUAAUUAUAAGAUACUCAAAGGCAAUUAUAAGAUUAAUAAAGAUAAUUGGGAGAUUUGUAAUAUAAAUUUAGAUAAGCAGAAUAAGAUAAAUUAAAAUUAUAAUCAGAGUUAAAUAAUUGUUUAGAUGAAUUAGAUUCAGCAGAUGGAUAAAAAGAAGUAGCAACUUAAUUAAAAGAUGAAAAUGAUAAAUUAAAUCAAGAAGUUGAUUAAUUAAAUGAUGAUAAAAAUAGAUUAUCAAAUGAAAAUGAUGAACUUAGAAAUAGAUUAAAUGAUUUAAUGAGAUAAUUAUAAGAUAAAGAUAAUAAAUUAAAGGAUUUAUAAUAAGAUAUAAAUAAAAAGAAUUCAGAAUUAAAAGAUUUAGGUAAUAAAUUAAAGGAAGCUAAUGAUAAAAUUGAAUGGAUUAAAAAUGAAUAUGGAUUGACAGAUGAUGAUUUAGAUCCAAAAAAAAGAAAACUUAAUGGUAAAAAUAUUAAGGAAAGUAUAUUAUUCUCUAAUAUAUAACCAUCUAAUUUAUUAUUGAAUUUUCUAUUAUAAUCAGCUGAAAUUGAAAGAUUAGGAAUAAUUAUUGAUAAAUAUUAUAGUGAAAAUGAAUCAUUAUAAAAUUAAGUCAAAACUUACAAAUAAAAAAAUGAACAAAUUACUUAAUAAUUGUAACAAUAACUAAUCUCAUUAUCCUAAAUGACUUAAGAUAAUGAGAUUGAGAAAUUAAAAGAAUAUUAUGAAAAUAAAAUAGUAAUGUUAACUAUGGAAUUGAGUAGAUUAAAAAAAUAAUAAACUUAUAGCUCAUAUUAAUCAAUACCUAUUUCUUAUAAAUUAUAGCCUAGACCAAAUAGCUAAAAUAAUGGUGAUGUAUUUGAGACUCCAUAAAUGUAAUCUAAAAGAGAAGAGGAUUUAUUAUGUUUAUUUGUUCUUAUGGGAGCAGAAAUAUAAAAUUUGAGAGAUUAAAAUAGUACAUUACUUUUGCAAUAGAAUGAUAAAGAUGUAAUUAAAGGAUUAUUAACUACAAGUGGAUAUGAAAGUCAAAGAAAAAUCAAAUAACAAACAUAAAUUAAUGAAUAUUAAACCAAUUAUGAGAAUUAUUCAUAAAUGGAUUCAAAUAAAAGAUAAGCCAGAAAUUCAUUUUAAGAUUUAUAGAAUAAUAAUACUUAAAUCAUCACUUCAAGUUAAUAGAGAGUUAAAACCUUAAAUGAUUCAAGAUAGAAUGAUGGUUACAAUUUAGACAGAAUAGUAUCUUAACAAGGUGAUAAUGGUUCAUAAAGAUCUUAUCAAUAUUAAGCUUAAAUUCCCUAUAAAUAUGAUUAAAGCUCAUAAUUAAGUGGUAGUUAAGGUUAUUUAAAAGUUGGUAAAUUUGAAUCAUCUAAGUAUGUUAAUUGA